AUGGGGGGCAAAGUUCUAUUUGGAUAUCCUGGAUCGUGGGCUCAUUGCAUUAGUGAGACAAUCGAUCAUAAGGAUGUCGCAUGUCUUUUCCGGCACCAAUCUUCUUUCAAGAAAAUGGAGUUGUGGCCGCUAGAAGGUGAAUGUGCAAGAGUUAGAGAUUUGGUUCAAAACUCAGGUUUGUACAAUGCCGUUCUGAACUCUGUGAUUGCGUAUGACAAGGUCGCAGUAUCUAGUUUCUGUGAAAGGUAUCACGCUGAAGUCGACACAUUCCAACUUCCUUUUGGUGAGAUGGCGAUAACUCCUGAUGACGCAGAACAGAUAUUAGGGUUGCAGGUCGAAGGCAAAUCAACCGGUGAGAAGUUCAAGAAAAGGCCUAGUUGGGAAGACAUCUAUACAUGGACCAAGAACUUGUUUGGCUGGGAUUCCGAGAAGACUAAUUGUCUUUUCGAGAAGGUACCUAAGUACCCGAAGAAAGAGUUCAAACUUGUAGAUAUUAUGAACAUGUUUUCUGGGACAGAAAAGAAGGAAAAGGAAGGAGGUCUUUCUGAUAUGGAAUGUCGCUAUGCGGCGGCUGGGUAUUUGUUGUAUGUCCUUGCGUCGGUUAUAUUUCCUGACAGCAAAGGUAACCGGGUGAGCGCCAACCUUCUUCAGCUUUUGGAUCCCUGGGAAGAUGUGAGCAAGUACUCUUGGGGGACUGCCAUAAUUGCACACCUGAAUGGUCAGCUUUCUCAGGGAUCUCGCAAACUAACUUCUCAAAUUAAUGGGAAUUUGGCUCUAAUCCAGGUGUGGAUUUAUGAUCAUUUCCCAUCACUGAUCAAAGAUAACGAAGAUGUGGAACUCAACCCACAAUGGAGCAAAGGUAGUCCAACGGGAACCAAAUACUUGUUCACUGGUUCUCAAGAUAGGGAACAAACUGAUGCGUUGAUAUAA